ACCAUACUGUUUGUUCUUUUGACUUAUAAACACGUACUAACUCAACAACCAUGGCUCGAACCCUCUUUUUGACUUUUCAUCUUCUUCAACACCUACCUUGAAACCCUAGUUCUCCGAUCUGAGACCCAGACAACCUCGUUCUUCAUCUUCCUUCCCUGCGCUUCUUCUCUGAGUACCCAGAUCGGCGUUUUCGAAGCUUAAGCGGCGGAGGAUUUUAGCGGAAAGACUAGAGAAUCCGCUGCGGCUGAGAAAAUGGAAAGCUUGAGUGGGAUCUUGUCGUACGAGAAGCUGAACGGGAUGGCGAAUUGGGUGGGGACCAGCGUGGCAUCCGCUUUCUUCGCGUCGCUUGAGCGUUGUUCUUGUAUAAACCUCUCCACCUCCGACGACUCCGAUGAUUCCGACGAGGCCCAUGAUCGUCCGCUGAUGAUCUGCGGUUCGAACUCCUCCCGUUUCAAAGACAACCACCAAAACGACGUCGCCGAUCUCCCUGUUUAGUCCUCACAGUUGCUCGACUAGGCUUGUUUUUCUUUCUUUCUUCUUCUGUUAAAAAAAAAAAAAAAUGGAUUUUGUAUUCACUUUCUUUUAUAUCUGAAAUUUUCUUGUUCUGUCGAAUCUGUUUGGAUAUGAAGCUGUUAAAUCAUGGUUUUUGUUUGGGUUUCCUGUUCAACUGAUGCAGUGUUUUCUUGCGG